AUGAGAAAUGGAUGGAAUGGGAUCACUGCGACAACGUUGGAGGAGGAGAUUCCGAGUGUUGAAAGAGCUCAAUUAGAUGCGAUGAGGGCAAGUGUUGAGAAUGGACGAUUCGAGAAAGAGAUCAAGCACAAUGAAGAACCAUUCGAUGAAGCGAUUUUUCGUCGACUCAAUGCCAUUCUAAAUCUCUCUUCAUCCCCAAGACGUCUCACUCAAAUCGAUGCGACAAAAAGUGAUCCAUUCCAAUUCAAUCUCUCACUUGAAAAUAUUUGGUUUCAAUGUCCAUGGAGUAAUGAGGUGAUCAUUAGUCCAGAAAAAGCCGAUCGUGAUAAAACAGUGGGGAAUUUGUUGCGAGAUUUCAUCAAUCACUUUUCAAAGUAUCAAAAUGUCGGCAAUUUUUUGGUCAUUGGAAUCACGAUGCUUUCGAUGUACAAUAAAUGCUAUCGGCUUGAUGAUUUGCUGAAGAAAGUCGAGAAUGAUUUCAUCGUUGAGUGCACUGAUGGCGGCUUUUAUCAGUACAUUGGAUUCGAUGAUGCGCUCAUUGAAGAGGCUCUUCUUUAUGGUUAUCGUCAUAAAGCAUUGCCUGGAUUCGACAUUCAUUUUGAGCUUUAUAAAUUUCAUCGAAGUUUAAUCUUUAAGAAAUUCGAUAAACGU